AUGCCCACUCUACGAUCUAGCGGGACCCUCGUCGCGCGUUGCCAGGUUGUCGAUGACCGGAAUUCUUUGGGGCAAUGUUCAAGGACUGUUGCUGCGCGCGCACUGGAGGCUGAAGCGCUUGCCUCACAAACUUUCAUAAGCUCAUCUCGGGCAGUCUUUCCGCUUCGGCGCUCAUCAUCACCGUCGCAGGGCGUCGUCUCGCCUAUCUACCCUUAUCUACCGUAUAUCAUCCUCCCGAGGUUCUCUACCCUCGCGUCGUCUACCCGCCAGCACAGCUCCUGCUACCGAAAGCUGAACCUCAGCCAGGCCCAAAUUCAAGCGCGAAGGAUCGCCCAAUCCCCCCUAUACUGA